AUGAGGCUCGAUGUGAAGAGGCAACUCUUUGCGCGCAGCGAGCGAGUAAAGGGGAUUGAUUUCCAUCCAGUCGAGCCAUGGAUCCUCACCACCCUCUACAGUGGCCACGUCUACAUCUGGUCCUACGAAACCCAAUCCAUCAUCAAAACCUUCGAGCUCACCGACGUCCCCGUCCGCGCCGGCCGCUUCGUCACCCGUAAGAACUGGAUCGUCUGCGGCAGUGAUGACUUCCAGCUCCGCGUCUACAACUACAACACUAGCGAGAAGAUCACCAGUUUCGAGGCCCACCCGGAUUACAUCCGAGCCAUUGUCGUGCAUCCCACCCAGCCUUUUGUCUUGACCGCCAGCGAUGAUAUGACGAUUAAGCUGUGGGAUUGGGAGAAGGGGUGGAAGUGUGUGCAGGUGUUUGAGGGGCAUAGUCAUUAUGUCAUGGGGCUGGCUAUCAAUCCGAAAGAUACGAACACUUUCGCCUCCGCGUGUUUGGACCGAACAGUCAAGAUUUGGAGUUUGGGGAGUUCGACACCCAAUUUCACCCUCGAGGCGCAUGAGACAAAGGGCGUGAAUCAUGUCGACUACUACCCGCAAUCCGACAAGCCCUAUCUCCUUACCACCUCCGACGACAGGACGGUCAAAAUAUGGGACUACACCACCAAAGCUCUCAUCGCCACCCUCGAAGGCCACACCUCCAACGUCUCCUUCGCUUGCUACCACCCGGAACUCCCCGUCAUCAUUUCCGGAUCCGAAGACGGCACCAUCAAGAUCUGGCACGCCAAUACUUAUCGUCUCGAAACUUCCCUCAGCUAUGGCUUGGAGCGCGCAUGGUGCGUGGCUUACCAGAGAGGCAAACAGGGUAUCGCUAUGGGGUUUGAUGAUGGCGCGGUCGUGGUCAAGAUGGGUCGCGAGGAGCCGGCUGUGAGUAUGGACAACAGUGGCAAGAUCAUCUGGGCUCGGCAUACGGAUAUCCUCACCUCAGUCAUCAAAGGCGCGGAUAAGAGUUUGAAGGAUGCACAGCCCAUCUCCCUUCCUUCCAAGGACCUCGGCUCGACAGAGAUAUAUCCUCAGACACUCCUCCACUCCCCAAACGGCAGGUUUGUAGCAGUCUGUGGCGACGGCGAGUACAUCAUCUACACGGCCCUGGCCCUCCGCAACCAGGCUUUCGGCUCCGCUCUCGAUUUCGUCUGGGGAAGCAAGGAGAACGAUAAGGAUUAUGCGAUUCGUGAAACGCAGUACUCGGUGAAAAUCCACCGGAACUUCAAACCCAAAUCUGGCGACGGAUCUGUCAACGUAGGCUACACGGCUGAGGGUCUGAGUGGUGGCGUUUUGCUCGGUGUCAAAGGCCAAGGCGGGAUCGGCUUCUUUGACUGGGAGUCUGGGCAGCUGGUCAGGAGGAUCGAAGUCGAGCCGAGGAAUGUCUAUUGGAGUGAGAGUGGCGAACUCGUGUGUCUGGCAUGCGAGGAGAGCUUUUAUGUGCUGAGGUUCGAGCGAGAGCAGUUUGUUGCUGCUGUGCAGUCUGGGAAUGUGAGUGCGGAGGAUGGGGUCGAGGAGGCUUUUGAGGUGGUUUGUGAUAUUAAUGAGAGUGUCCGCACCGGCCAAUGGAUCGGCGACUGCUUCGUCUAUACCUCCGUCUCCAACCGCCUCAACUACCUCGUUGGCGACCAGACUUAUACGAUCUCCCACUUCGACUCUCCUCAUUACGUCCUCGGAUACCUGCAACGAGACGGAAGGGUCUACGUCUGCGAUAAAGAUGUCCAGGUCACUUCUUUUGCCUUAAGCGUGAAUGUCAUUGAAUACCAGACUCUGGUUCUGCGAGGCGAUAUGGAGGCUGCGGAGGAAGUGCUCGAAGGGAUUCCUGCCGAGCAGAGGGGCAAGAUCGCUCGGUUCUUGGAGGGCCAGGGACUCAAGGCUGAGGCGCUCGAGGUCGCGACGGAUGGGGAGCAUAAGUUCGAGCUGGCGUUGGGGUUGGGGAAAUUGGAUGUUGCUCUCGGACUUGCACGUGAAAGUGAUGUCGAGCAUAAGUGGAAGGUCGUUGGGGAUGCCGCCUUGGGGGCCUGGGAUCUGGGGCUGGCGGUGGAGUGUUUUGAGAAGUCUCGCGAUCUGGGUUCUCUGCUGCUGCUUUACUCGGCGAGUGCGGACGCGGAGGGGUUGAGGAGUCUGGCGGGCCAGGCGAGAGAGGCGGGACAGUGGAACGUCGCUUUCUCUUGUCUUUGGCAGGUUGGGGAUGUGGAGGGGUGUUUGAAUGUUUUGACCUCGACGGGACGGACGGCCGAGGCGGUGUUGUUUGCGCAGACGUAUGCGCCGAGUCGAGCGACGGGGUUGGUUGGGUUGUGGAAGGGGGAAUUGGAGAAGGCGGGUAGGGGGAAAGUGGGGAGGUUGUUGGGGGUGCCGGGGGAGGAUGAGGAGAUGUUUCCGGAGUGGGAGGAGUAUCUCAAGCUUGAGACGGAUGGGGAAAAGGGAGGGGAGGGAGAGCUGAUUGAUGUUGGUGGGGAGGAGGAUGAGGCGGCUGCUGGCAAGGCGGUUGGGAAUGGCGAAGCUGCUACGGAGGAGGGCGAGGUGAAGGUUGAGAACGGUGAAGAUGCUGCGGGGGAGGCGGAGAAGGACGCUUGA